AUGUGGCGACGAUCGGAAACUACAGGAUUCGAAGUAACACCUUCAUUACGACUCUUUUCACUCCUCCUUCUCUAUCAAGACCUCUUAGGAGUUCACUCUCAUCCCUCCAAGAUCUCCUACACACUUCCUCCUCCCCUUUCCAUUUCGCUCUCUUCAAUGAGUGUUACUCUCGGUGACAGUGUAACCAUUCGGUGUCAUAUCAAUUCCAAUUCAGAGGGGGGCACUCUCAUGGCACAAAGCAGCAUGACUCUCUACUGUCCCGCCACCCCUAGAGACACCUUUUGCUUUCAGAAUUGUCGACCGCAGGAGGUGUGCAACGGCAACGGCGGCUGUCGGGUUAUUCCUGCAUUGGAGGGAGUGACAUGUAGGAGCAUCAUCCAUUCAAGUGGAGAGAUCGUGUACGAGUACACACUAGUUCAUGUGACACCUGAAUGGGUGGACACGCAACAUCCGGGAUUUGCGUGUCACAGCGCAGCAGGGCAAACGGGCUGGUCAAGACUGAGUGUGAAGACUGAAGACGCUCUUGAGAAGAACGGGAAUAAAGCGACCUCACCUCCUCCACCGAAAACUACUACCACUUCUACGACCACGACCACGACCUCGACCACGACGACAACAACAACGACACCCGAACCGAGAAAAACAACUGCGAGUCAUGAUAAAACUAGCAAUGAAACAAAAGCUGUGAUUAUGUCAUCAUCGAACGUGGGAGAUGACAGUGUACAAUGGUUAAAAUUCCUUCGAAAUUCUUCCUCAGGUACUUGUGAGUCAACUUUACCAAUUUUAAACUAUUGCGUGUUUAAUUUAGCUCGAAUUUUAGCUUUGCUUUCAAGAUAA